AUGGUAUACAACUGGGAUGGCCACCGGGAUGAAUGCUAUCUGGUUUACGUUGUUCAGAACAAAUCCAUGGACGAACUGAUGGAUCACAUGCGGAUCCACCACAGCUUCACUCCAAGCAAAAGAGCCUUCCAACAGCAACUCCGCAAAUGGAACUUCCCCUCCAAACAAGUCGGCGCCCACCGCAAUGCACCCUUGGUCGACCGUGUGCGCGAGCUGUGGGAAGCCAACCACUCCCAGGCUGACAUGCUGCGCGUCCUUCAUGAAGAGGGAUAUGAUGUCAGCGCCAGACAGCUAUUGAGGAUACGCGCUCACCAUCGAUGGCUGCUGAGGGUGCCCAAAAACGAGGCUGCUGUGGACGGCGUUGAUGCCCUUGUACCUCGCGCCAGCCUUAGUGAUUCUUUCCCUGUCAAUGACCUGCAAAUAGCUCCGGGUCUUCAGUUAAAUUGCCAGCCCAGUCAUUCCCGACAAUCACCAUCACCAUCAUCGUCGUCGCCAACCCGCAAGCGUCGGCGCCAACCCGAUGAUGACUGCUCAGGGGUGGCCACUGCGCGCUUCCCCUCGGAAACGACCCUGGCUGAGAGCAAAGCGCUUCUCGGCCUCGAUACCGAGAUUUAUAAAUACGUUCGGACAUGCUUCCAACAGAUCUGUCACAAGGCCGGCUUGGAGAGCAAAAGCUCGGCGGGGCAGCAAUCAUGGGACGAGGCCAAGGCUUUGCUCGUCGGGCAAGUUCCAUACCUGCAGGGCCUCAUGUCCAUGGAAGUCGGCAGGGUGCACCACCUGGCACUGGACUUGAUAUGCAUUGACGUGACAAAGCGCAUGCGCAGCCAUAAUGCUAGCGCUGCUGGCGCGACGGUCAGGAAGUUGACGCUUGCUAAUGUCAGAAACAUGCUCGGUGUAAACCCUGACGAGGCUAGGGAGAUGCGGGAGACGCUGCAGAACUUGUUGUUGGGGCGAGAUAAAAUUCCGUCAGUAGGCGACGAGGAAUGGGACGAAUUGAAAGGACAGUGGCAGGACACCUGCGCGGUGUUGAGACGUAUCUUGGAGGACGGGGAGCAGCGAGAACCAAGGGCCAAGGCUGUUGAUAUUCUGGCUCGGGAUGUUUUCAAACGAUACAAGGACCACCAUGCAAAAGUUCAAGAGAAUCAGGUUGCUAUCGACCAUGAGCAAGAGCUUCAGCAACCGCAGCUGCACAUGCAAGCUCAGCCAUCCCCGCCUCUGGUACCUUCAGACAACGACGCUGUUGUCGAUAAUCAUGUCUGGGACAUGAGUAUCUACAACAACAAUAACAACAAUGCACUUAUGCAUGAUAGCAUGAUUGGUAACAUGUCGCUUCAAGGCAUGCACGGUCUGGGAAUGCCUUCAAUGUUGCAUAACUCACACAUACCACCGCUCGACGACCCUCUCCUCCUCGCCGCCAGCACUCAAAAUUUCCUGGAGCAACAAUAUAUGAACCAGAUCUACACCCACCAAAAUCAGCACCACAGUCCCAUCGCCAUCUACCUGCAGCCACACCAUGCAUCGACGGUCAUGGCCGACUCGAGCCUGUGGAUCGCAACCCUGAUGUCGCCAACUCUAGACGACGUGAGGUCAGCGGCAGUGGACAAGUAUCCCGGCGCCGUCUGCUUGUUUGUUGAGGGGGUUGUAAAAGACAGCAGGAACGGACUGUCUGGCGUUUCUGGUCUGUCUCAGGUCCCACUACCCAUAGGGUCGGAUCAGGAACUGGCUGCGUAUCUACAACACGUGCAGGAGCUGGGCGUAGCCCCGACCUUUUCUGUACAACUACACUACUGCGGAUUUGCCAAUUACCCGCUCCCCAAGGCAUGUCCCAAGACCAACUACAAUCAUGACGUAGACAAAAACCCUCCUCUGCGAGGGUACAGCCUCGCUGUCGCCUCCACUUUCCUCGAGAGAUUCCCCUCGCUGCAGACUUACUUCUGGUCCACCACCGGCUUCGGCACAGUCAAGGACAUCCGCCACCUUGACGAAGCCCACGCCAGAUUCCUGCAGGCCUCGGUGAUACCGCUCCCGGCAGAGGGCGAUGCUACCACCGCCAGGCAGACCGCGGCGGAGCUGACAAACCCGGCAGCCUACCCGGCGCAGGCGGCGCCGCGCUACCACUCCGCGGCCGACUACCACGCCAUGUACAAGUCCGGCGCCGCGACCCCGCUCCAGGUUGCGACGGCGCUGCUGCCGUACAUCACAGGCGACCGGGGCGCCGAGCAUGCCACGGCCUGGACGGCCUGCAAGCGGGACGAGGUGCUGGCCGAGGCGCGCGCGUCGACCGAGCGCUGGGCCGCGGGGAAGCCCAUCGGCGUGCUGGACGGCGUGCCGUUUGGUGUCAAGUGCGACACGCCGGUCGCGGGCUACGUCAACACGUUUGGCAUCAAGCCGCAGGCCGGGCUGAGCUUCUUUAAAAAGGUGCAGGAGGAGGACUGCUGGCCAGUCAAGAAAAUGCGCGAGGCCGGUGCCGUCAUGGUUGGGAGGCUGAACAUGCACGAGAUUGGGAUGGAUACUACGGGGUGUAAUCCCGCAAUCGGCACCCCGACAAACUGGUAUAACAAGUCCUACUACCCAGGUGGCUCUUCCUCGGGCGGCGGGUCGGUCCUCGGCGCCGGUCUGGUCCCCAUAUCCAUCGGCACGGACGCGGGCGGCAGCGUACGCAUCCCCGCCGCCUUCAACGGCUGCUUCGGGCUCAAGGUCACGCACGACCGUACCAUGGCCAUGAACAGUCUGAUGUGCGUCACGGGCCCGCUGGCCGCCACGACGUCGGACCUGCGCGCCGCCUACCGCGUCAUGGCCCAGCCCAACCCGGAGUGCGAGGUUCAGGGCCGGUUCGCGCCCACGUCCUGCCCUCCCGCAGCCGCCAGCAGCAGCCGACCGAAAACCCUUGGCGUCUGCAAGGCGUGGGUCGAGCUCGCCAGGCCCGAGGUGCGGGCGUGCUUCGACGCGGCCAUUGCGCACCUGGUCGAGAAGCAAGGCUACGAGGUCGUCGAAAUCGAGCUCCCCUACCUCCGCGAGGGACAGCUUGGCCACGCGGCGGCGUGCCUGGUGGAGGCGGUGGACCACCAGCGGAUGCGGCACGACCCGACGGCGGGCGACGGGGGCGGUUGGGUCGACAUGCUGUCGUACCCGUCGCGGGUGCUCCUGUCCAUCGGGCAGCACACGCGGGCCGUCGACUACAUCAAGAUCAUGCAGCUGCGGCAGCUGCUGAUGCGGCACCUCGCCCACCUGUACUCGGAGAAGCACCCGGGCAUGUUGAUCGUGAGCCCGCUCAGCGCCCUGCCCGGGUGGCCCAAGGACCCGGCCGACGCGCGCUUCGGCGUCAGCGACGGCAACAUCACGUUUGCAAACAUGAGAUACGUCUGGCUGUCCAACAUGACGGGCUGCCCGAGCGUGAGCGCGCCCAUGGGCUACGUCGAGCCCAAGGUCGGCGAGGGCAGGGUGCCCGUCGGCAUCAUCGCCAUGGGCGAGUGGGGCGAAGAGGAGAGUCUGUUGGACUGGGCUGCCGACGUAGAGGGCUACAUCAACAGCAUGGAAGGUGGCAGGCCGAGACCCAAGGAGUGGGUUGACGUGGUCAAGUUGGCCAAGGAGACCGAGAGCGAGGAGCUCGAGGUCGGGGACGUCAAGGUCGGGAAGCAAAGAGAGCAAAAGCUUUGA